CAGUAGACAAAAGAAGGGAAGCUGAGACAAACUGGUCUGCAGCAUCUAAUGUUGGCUCGAAGGAUAGUUCACAAAAUAAGUUGAACCAUGCAGAGCAAGACGUUGCUCGUCAUGGCCUACAUCCGCUUGGCCUUCAUCUUUGGAAUCAUUGCCAUUAUGACCUCUCUCCCCUCGGCCGUCAUGAUUGGCGUCAUCUUCAUCCCAGCAUCCCAAGCUGGCAUCAUUCCGUCUUGGAUGGAGAAAUACUUCCCUUCAUUUUAUAAUAGACAGGCUACCGAGAACUUGAACGAAAUUGAGAAAUUCAGGCCUCUGAUGAAGACUGUGAAACAACGUCUGGACAAGAUGGACCAUCAGAUUGCAGAAGCUGCGAAGGAAAUUGAGAGACUCGGACCAAUUGUCGACACACUGAACAAGAACGCCACAGACGAAACCAACGCUGCGGUGGUGUUCUCAGCAUGGUUGGGAGAUAUUGGAUGUACCUUUAAGGCCAGGAAUGAGAAUAGAGCAUUGGUCUAUAAGAAUGUGCAGAUUAACAUGGGUGGCGGCUAUGACGCCAAAACAGGCGUUUUCACUGUCCCCAUCAAGGGUCUCUACUUCGUCACCUUGACCUGCGGCACAACUUCUAAAAAGAUUUACGCAUGGGUGGCAAAGAACAACCAAAACAGGAUGGUCGCAGUGGAGAUCAGCAAAAAAAGUAAAUGGAGAAGCGCUACCAACAGCCGGGUGGUGGAACUGGAGGUGGGCGACAAACUCCAGGUGUCCUUGUUAGUCGGCUGUUAUAUCUACGGCUACAAUAAAGAGAGCACAUUCAGCGUUUUUCUCAUCAAGCGCACUUGAACUACAGGUGGGUGCAUCGAUCCUCAUAUUAGUAUCAUUGAUAUAGGGCAGUAUCAGAUGGAUCGUGGAGGGAUGACAUAUCAUUCAGUCUUCCUCUGUGUGCCCUACAGGUUGGUGCUUGAACCUGUGGCCACGUGUACAUGGGCAAAAUUGUAUUAAUCUGAAAAUAAUCCGGAUUUGAAUGUUACUAUGUACGUAUGUGGACCCUGAAAAAAAUGAUCUGAUUAUGACAUGCAUUUUCUUGCAUCACAUCUUAAUUCGGAAUACUUUACGUUGACAUGCGCACCAUAUGCUGUAAUAGUAGAGGUGUGUCAUUGCUUGUGCUUUGACGCCAUCUUUUGGACAAGUUUGCUCACUGCAGGUGCAGAAAAAGCAGUGACUUUCACCGUAAACAAACAUAGCUUUGUGCAUUUGUCCGACCUUGUCACUAUUUAUUUAUCAUGCUUUUUUUCUGUUCACGACUUUUGUUUUACCUCUCUUUUUGAAAUGGAGCUAUUCCGUGCCUUUUAUGUUGCGAUAUGUACGGGUUGUCACCCGUCUUCAUGUUACCACAUUCUGUGUAUGUGUCUUAGGCUCGCAGUUAGCACUUUUAAUAGCUGUGAGGUCGUGAAUAAAACAGCUCGUUAAGAUGAAAACCGGAUCCCCCUUUUUUGUUACAUCGACACAUGACACUCAAGGACAUCCCAGCAGGCCCAAGACAUUGAUACAAUGUUGAUUAUACAUACAUAUCCUUUAGAACUGACUUUGAAACAACGUUGCAAAAUAGUUGUAGUUGUAAAAUGAGACAAUGUUGAUGUCUUUUAUUUCAUUUAAUUGUGUCCAUGUGCGCAUAGCUUGUGUGUUCACCAGCAUCAGACAAAACUAGCCCUGGUGAAUUAGUAGAUUUUCUACUCGGCACUCACUUCGCCCUCCUUGAGUUGAUUCGCGUUAUUGCAUGUGUGUUUGUUCAUGCAACGAGUGUGGUGUUCCAACAGCGUAUGAUGCAAUGAAACAGGGAGCAUGACAAGCGACAUACUGAGUUGCAAGCUGUCCAACACACUCUUUUAUUAAAAACCAAUGUUCUAUUUUGAGUGUUUAACUAUAGUUACUGUUGGACUGUUGAAUAGAUACUAGUAGUACAUUCAUUCACCAUUUGGAACUCUUCCUACCAAACAUGUUGUCCUAUUAAUCAACAAUUAUGCCAACAUAUUGGAAGGCUAUAGUAUAUAUAAAAAAUGUUUACCAUAUAUUUGACAAGUACUGUCGGGUUUUUGCCAUAUUAUAUUUUCCUUCCAAUACAUAUUUUUCCUGAGAAAUAUAAAAUUAUACUGGAGUGGACAUGUUUUUGUAUAUAAAAAGUUAGAAGUAUGCAUGAACUUUGAUAAUAAACCCCCGAUUAGUGAAGUAUAUCGAUACCAAUACAGACACCGAAAUUUCUUGUUAUGACCUGUUAGGCCAAGUCAUUCCUUGUUUUGAGGGUGUUUCUUCAGUGUUUUGCACUCUUAUUUUGUUUCCACUCUCUGUUGUGUAUGUGUUGCCCUACAGUAGCUUCACUCCUGCUUCUGAGGCCGUCGGCUUUCUUGACCUGCUUUGAAA